UCGUAGUUGUAUCCAUAUCCUAUUUUAAAAGUCGUUCCGUUUUCCAAAAAAAUAAAAUACUGUCACAUACAACCUUGCAUAAUUUUUUGACUAUUUUUUUGUACCAAACAAUUUCGGGCAAAAAGAACAAUUUUUUGCCAAUUGACCUAUCUGUAUUAUAUUAUAUUCAUAUCUCGUAUGCUUGUCAUGUCCGUGUGAGUGAUGCAGAGUUACCCCUGUUUACAAGGAUAAAAUGUGCACAUAGGAAUCACCUCAUUGAGGGAAGGAAACCAUUUAACUUGUGGCAACUGGCACUGGCACUGGCUUUAAACAGGGUGAAGGCCUUCCAAGUUUCGUUCUUACCUAAACAAUAACAUAAAUACCCAAAUUACCACAUCAUAUAUUCAUAUUUGAUUGUUUACGUCACAGAGAAGACAAAUCAAAACAUUACAAAUCAGAUCAAAUAACAAAUCAAUAGUUGAAAGCUACUCAGAGAGAGAGAUUCUCGAGAAGAGAAAUUUUUGCGUAGCGGGUGGGUACCACGUGGCUGUGCCCACCUGGUACCCGUAUAUAUUAGACGUUGCUCUCUCUCAGUGUGUGUGUGUGUGUGUUUCUAUGUAUUUUUGAAAGAGAUGGGGAAAGCAGGAAACUGGUUUACAAACUGUUGGGGAGGGAAGAAAAACAAGAAGGAAAAAACAAGCAAUCGGGCGUAUUCGUUUACUGAUUCUGAAAUUUUCAUCAGAAGUGCUUCCGACCUUACCCCGCCGCCGGAGAUUCCGAAGGAGAAACGGGCACGGAGCUUCCGGAGAUCGCCACCCAGGGUCCCCGCCCUUCGCCCGGCGGAUCAUGCUGUGCUGGAGUCUUGGGUUGAGCAGAAGCAAGCGGUGGCGGUGGCGGUAGCGGUGGCGGCGGCCACUGCCAAGCUUGCUGGGGCGGCCGCCAAUAGGAAAGGUUGUGCUGUCGAGGAGGCGGCUGCUGUCAUGAUCCAAUCUGCUUUUCGUUCUUAUUUGGCAAGAAAAGCAUUAAGGGCCUUGAAAGGGCUGGUGAAGGUGCAGGCAUUGGUGAGGGGUUAUUUAGUGAGGAGAAGUACCACGGCAACCCUCCGGUGCAUGCAGUCACUGGCAACGGCCCAAGCCAGGGCACGGGCUCAGAGGAUGAGAAUGGCCGAUGAAUCAAACUCCAAUUAUCGGACACCGUCCAACCACAGGAAAUCCUUGGAUAGGAGGUCAAGACCCUUGAGUUAUCAAGAAAUAGACUGGCCCAUCGAUGAAAACAUCAGGAUUGUGGAAAUGGAUGUUGGGGAAUCAAAGCGAAGCACAAACAGCAGAAGGAGCUUCUCAGGCCACCCUCAAACACCCCAAACAAAUCACCGAGGCUCGAUGCAUUCCGUCCCGAAUCGCGCUUACUCGAAGCAAGAACUCCGAGACUUGUCCCUAAAACCAUCGGCACUCAUAGACGUCUCCAGCCCGAGAGCCCGAAGCAUGCGUUUCGAUGACUAUUACUUUGACACGGCACAAAGCAGCUCUCGACAAAGCAGCCCUCGGUACUCGUACUCGUCCGCGGCGUCCAUGUCCGACCACCCCUCGCACGCCCAAACACAUCACCGAGCCGUCCCAAGCCGCGCUUACUCGAAGCAAGAACGCCAAGACUUAUCCCUGCUACAACCACCGGCACUCGUGGACUCUAGCCCGAGAGCCGAGAGCGGGCGUUUCGUUGACUACUACUUGGACACGGCCCAGAGCAGCACUCGUGCCUCAUCCACGACGUCCAAACCCGAGUACCCCUCGUACGACUACGACAUGAUGGCUCCAGCUUACAUGGAGAAUACGGAACCCUCUAAGGCAAAAUUGGAGCGGUCGCGAAGUGGGCGUGAGAAUACGGAACCCUCUAAGGCGAAAUUGGAGCGGUCGCGAAGCGGGCUUGAGGAUACGGAACCCUCUAAGGCAAAAUUGGAGCGGUCGCGAAGUGGGCGUGAGACUACGGAACCCUCUAAGCCUAAGGCGAAAUUGGAGCGGUCGCGAAGUGCACCUAAGACGGGAGCCGAUUCGAUUGCGGGGAUGUCGAGUAGGAAGAAGGCCCCGCAGGCUGGGACGAGACCGGAUUCGAAUGCGGACCCGUGGCUGGCCAAGCUUGCUCGGGCGAGUGCUUCGGGUAAAGAGAGGGACCAUGGAUCUUCUGGUACCGGUCAUACGAAUACCGUCUAUGGCAGAUCUCGCAGUACAUGGAAAUAGGUACUGAAAAGUACUUUCCCAACUAGCAUUAUGGCUGGAUAUUGCAAACCCCCCCUGCUAGAGACGAUAUUAUUGAGAGAUAACCGAUUUGAGCUUGGCGCAGAGGAGAACGUCUGAAAAGAGUAGGCUAUCGGCAAUGUUCAUUUUGUUUAUCGAAACAGAAAAAGAAAAGAGUCC